GCUGGGGACCGCAGGCUCCUCCCAGACAUAGGAGCCGGGGUGCCCAGGACACACGGCAUGGAGCGGGUGUGAGCCCCAGGGACUUGUAGCUCAGCCACAGCGCCAGGUGUGUGGAUGCCACCUUCCUGCCAGGGGCACGCUGGUGGACUGUGGUCAGGAGUGGAUGUGCUGCAGAUAAGGGUGAUCUGAUGUGAGGGCGGCUGUCACCUACCGCUGUCGUCUGAAGGACUGGCUCAUCGCAGACCGUAUACUGCUGACUGCUGGAGCUACUUACCUGUCCCUGAGAUCUGGAUGUAAUUGUGCCCGAUCACAUCGCGCCAUGAGUUCGGUGACAGGAAAUAAAGAGAGGAUCCCAGUCACCUCCAGGAGCAGGAAAUAUGGGGUCAAUGAAGUGUGUUCCCCUACAAAAACAUCAGCACCCUUCUCUCCAGAGAGCUGGUAUAGGAAAGCCUAUGAGGAGUCCCGUGCUGGUAGCAGGCCUGCACCUGAAGGUGCAGGAUCCAUACCAGGCUCUUCUGGCACCCCUUCUCCUGGUUCUGGCACAUCUUCUCCUGGCUCCUUCUCUGGUUCUCCUGGACCUGCAUCUCCUGGGAUUGGCAACAGCUCCCCAGGCUCCUUAGGAGGUUCUCCAGGAUUUGGCACAGGAUCUCCAGGUUCUGGAAGUGGAGGAGGAUCAUCUCCUGGAUCAGACAGGGGUGUGUGGUGUGAAAACUGCAAUGCCCGUUUGGUAGAACUGAAGAGGCAAGCCUUAAAACUUUUGCUGCCAGGACCCCACUCCAGUAAGGACCCAUCCAUCACUACUGGCAUACACGACAAGCUUCAAGUGCCAAACACCAUCCGAAAGUCUUGGAAUGAGAGAGACAACCGUUGUGAUAUAUGUGCCACUCAUCUUAAUCAGCUUAAACAGGAAGCUAUCCAAAUGGUGACAUCUCUGGAGCAGUCUGCCAAUGUUGAACACUAUGAUGCUGCUUCUCCAGGAUCUCCUCCAGGACAUUCUAAUAUUCCAGCAUUAAUGGGUCCAAGACAUAUGGGAAACCUUCAGCCAAAAGACUGGGUAUACAUGCCAAAUCCCUACACCACACCCAACUACCCUGGCUUUGUGCCCAACAAACAUGGUGGUAAACCAAACAGUCUUGGGCUCGCCAAUGGACAAGAAAAGAAAAAUGGGUCUCCUUCACAUCAAGCCAAAGUCAGCCUACCAAUGGCAACAAGCCCAAGUAAUGGCAACAUCAUGAAUUCAGUAGCUGUUCAAGCUCAUCAGUACCUUGAUGGUACAUGGUCAUUAUCAAGAACUAAUGGUGUGACUCUGUACCCAUACCAGAUCUCUCAGCUGAUGACAGAGACUGGCAGGGAAGGUCUCACCGAGGCAGCACUGAACCGCUACAAUGCUGAUAAGCCUUCCAUAUACAGCUUUCCUGCUACACAUACUACAUAUGUUGCUAGUGAAGCGUCCACAGGAACUUCAGUGGCUGCAUCUUUUUUUGCCAGGGCUGCUCAGAAGCUAAAUCUGUCAUCCAAAAAGAAGAAGCAGAGGACAACACCUUCCUUGGUGUCAGAGCCUCCACUUUUCUCAACCAGCUUCUGUGGCAUUCUGCAAACCUCUCCUCCACCCGCACCACCAUGUUUACUGAGGGCAGUCAACAAAGUGAAAGAUACUCCUGGAUUGGGGAAGGUAAAGGUCAUGGUGCGUAUUUGUUCAACACUAGUGGGAGAGUCAACUGAUUCCAGCUCUUUCUUGAAAGCUGAUCCAAGGAAGAAACAGAUUACAUUGUAUGAUCCAUUAUCUUGUGGAGGGCAGAAUGUAUUCCAGAAGAGAGGAACUCAGAUACCACCAAAAAUGUUUGCCUUUGAUGCUGUGUUUCCCCAAGAUGCUUCACAGGCGGAGGUGUGUGCUGGAACAGUGGCCGAAGUCAUACAGUCUGUUGUGAACGGAGCAGAUGGAUGCGUUUUCUGCUUUGGCCAUUCCAAGCUUGGAAAGUCAUACACAAUGAUUGGCAAGGAUGACUCCAUGCAGAAUCUUGGCAUUAUCCCUUGUGCUAUUUCAUGGCUCUUUAAGUUGAUUAAUGAACGAAAGGAAAAGACUGGAGCUCGGUUCUCGGUUAGAGUAUCAGCAGUGGAAGUAUGGGGGAAGGAGGAGAACUUAAGAGACCUCUUAUCAGAAGUGGCUACGGGCAGUCUACAAGAUGGUCAGUCUCCCGGAGUCUACCUGUGUGAGGAUCCAAUAUGCGGCAUGCAGUUGCAGAACCAGAGUGAACUGCGGGCACCCACAGCUGAGAAAGCUGCCUUUUUCUUGGAUGCCGCUAUUGCCUCCCGCAAGUGCAGCCAACGGGACUGUGAUGAAGACGACCACCGGAACUCUCACAUGCUCUUUACUCUGCACAUUUAUCAGUAUCGCAUGGAGAAGAGUGGAAAAGGAGGCAUGUCGGGAGGUCGCAGUCGAUUGCAUCUUAUUGAUUUGGGAAGCUGCGUAAAGGUGCAGAGCAAAAAUAGAGAUAGCAGCUCUGGCUUGUGUCUCUCUUUGUCAGCACUUGGCAAUGUCAUCCUUGCUCUGGUCAAUGGCAGCAAACACAUCCCUUACAAAGAGAGCAAGCUCACAAUGCUACUUCGAGAGUCUCUGGGGAACAUGAACUGCCGCACUACAAUGAUAGCUCAUAUUUCGGCUGCUGCAGGAAACUAUGCUGAGACACUGUCCACUGUCCAGAUUGCUUCCCGGGUGCUGAGGAUGAAGAAAAAGAAAACCAAGUAUACAUCAAGUUCAUCUGGAGGAGAGAGUUCCUGUGAAGAAGGACGAAUGCGCAGGCCAACUCAGCUGAGACCAUUCCAUUCCCGAAAUGUAGUUGACCCUGACUUCCCUCUUCUCAGUUUAUCCAGCGACCCAGAUUAUUCUUCAAGCAGUGAACAGUCAUGUGAUACAGUUAUUUAUGUUGGCCCCAAUGGAACAGCCCUGUCUGACAAGGAACUUACAGAUAAUGAAGGGCCACCUGACUUUGUCCCAAUUGUUCCAGUUUUGCAAAAGUCAAAAAAUGAAGUGAAACUGGAGGAUGUUAAUGAAGUGGCUCACAACAAACCAGAAAAGGAUUGUCUAAAAUGUAAUACUUUUGCAGAACUGCAGGAAAGGUUGGAUUGUAUUGAUGGUAGUGAGGAAACAAAUCGAUUCCUAUUUGAAGAGCUGCCUGCUCAGUAUAGCGGAGACCAAUCAAACAAAGCUUUAUGCCCAACCACAGAACCAAAAAGUGUAACAGAAUCAAGUAAAGAAGAAAUUAUUUCAGAAAAUGUACAAUCUGACAAAGAUGCCAGAGAAAAUAAUGUUGGGCCAGCUUAUAAGAUACCAAGAAAUCACUCUCCAGUUCCAUCUGGGAAUGUAGCUAACACAUCUACUCCAUCUUCUCCCAGGAGUGUUACAGGUAGCUGUGGAGUGCACAGUGGAGCCUCCCAGUUAGUACAAGAUACCAGCUUACAGGGAAGUCGAGAAAGCCUGAACAGUUGUGGGUUUGUAGAAGGAAAACCAAGAGCAAUGGGAUCACCAAGAUUAGGCAUUGCUAGUUUGUCUAAAACCUCAGACUACAAACCACCAAACUCUCCUUCACAGAGGUGUAAAGUAUAUACACAAAAAGGAGUCCUUCCUAGUUCUGCUCCUCCACAAUCUGCAAAUAAGGAUCCCGGAUCACUAAUGGAAUCCCUUUCACAACCAGAGAUGCGGACUCCUCCUGUUGGUAUGAGCCCACAAAUUAUGAAAAGAUCAGUAUCCAAUUCAAGCAGUGUGUCUUCUGAAUCGGUACUUCCAGAGCAGCAAAGUUGUGAGGAGUCCAAAAAGGAAUUUCUUAGUACAACAAUGGUAACUGUUCAACAACCUUUGGAAUUAAAUGGCGAGGACGAGUUGGUUUUCACUUUAGUUGAGGAGUUAACAAUAAGUGGAGUCCUUGACAAUGGUCGGCCAACUAGUAUCAUCAGUUUUAAUAGUGACUGUUCUGUGCAGGCUUUGGCUUCUGGUUCCAGACCUGUAAGCAUUAUUAGCAGUAUAAGUGAGGAUCUUGAAUGCUUUUCCAACUCAGCACCAGUAUCUGAAGUCAGCAUCACACAAUUCUUACCCCUACCGAAGCCUGAACUGGAAGACAAAUGUCAAGAAGGUGGAAGCAGGAGGUCUUCCAUCAGCUCUUGGCUGAGUGAAAUGAGCACAGGUAGUGAUGGUGAACAGUCAUGCCACAGCUUUAUUGCUCAGACGUGCUAUGGCCAUGGGGAAGCACUGGCUGAGCCUCCUAUUUCUGAAUUUACAACUGCAUUGCAGAAUAUUAGUGUAAUGUGUACAAACAACAGACAGAAGCCAGAAAUGGACACAGUGCUCAUUCAGUCAGUUCAGAAGAAUGCACCCCCUAUAAAUAACUGCAAUAUUUCAGCAGUAGGGAAAACCACAGUCACAAUAUCAAAUACCUCAGGUUUGAAUGGCUGUGAAAACUACAUUCCAAUGAAAACAAACAUUACAGUUUAUCCCUGCAUUGCAGUGAGUCCUUUUAUAGCUCAGGAGAGUAAUGAAUGCCUGCCAGGAUUAAAUCUGCCUGGAAAAGUGUCGCAGUCUGUAGAAAACAAUUCUGGAGACUGUAAAAUGGAACCUAUAUUUGAUGAUCCUUGGUUAAAACGUGAAGAUGAUACCAAAAGGGAGAAAAAUGAUUCAAUUGAUGGACAAAUGCCUGAAGCUGCUAACUGCGUAACUGACCGUGACUUGUAUAGAAAGCAAAGUAUGACAGACAGAUUAAGCAGUAGCAGUGGAGAGGGCAGCAUCUCGCCACUGUCUGAGAACCUUAAGAGAGUUGUAGAUGGGUGUGAAAUGGCACUGACCACACAGGGUCUAGCUCAUAUAAGUGAUUACUCACAAAGAGGCAGCCUUCCUAGAGUUUUAGAAAGAUUAUGUAAGCAGGACGAGCAGGAUAUCAUGAGUUAUGACUAUGAGAAUAACACUGCUGUGUCUGUCAACCCACUCCAAAUAUCUAGAUCUACUUUAGAGAGAAGAGUUUCAUCUCCUAAACAUUGCAUUCUUACUCGACCCAAAGGCACCCCUCCUCUUCCACCAGUAAGGAAAUCAAGUCUAGAUCAUAAAAAUAGAGCAAGCCCUCAGCACACUGUAAGCAGUCCUUCAAAAUACUCUUUAUCUUCCUUGCCCAGUCUUCCAGAUGAACUUAACGGCAAAUUGACAGGAUUUAGUAUGGACACCAGAAGCAACAGUAGUAGCAAGUUAUUCAGUGCCAAACUAGAACAGUUAGCUAGCAGAACAAAUUCUUUGGGAAGAACCAAUGGAAGCCAUUAUGAAUGUUUGUCUUUAGAACGAGCAGGAAGCCUUUCAUCAGUGAGUUCAAGAAUGAUCCUCAGUAAGGACUGCACUUUGCCAAGGUCUGGGAGAAGCCUUAAUCGAAAUGUCAUGUCAUCUCCAACUAACACUUCUCAGUCAGCAGGAGCUUCUCCAAAAGCGAGCCCUUCAAAGAUAUCAGCAGUAAGCAAGCUACUUCUUGCCAGUCCUAAAGCCCGCAGCCUGUCUGCCUCUGCAACCAAAACUCUGAGCUUUUCUACAAAGUCACUUCCACAGUCUGUAGGACGAAGCUCAAGUCUUCCUCCAAAUGGAAAAAAUAUGUCUUGGUCAACACAAUCUCUUAGCAGAAAUAGAGGUUCUGGGCUUGCUUCUAAGUUGCCCUUAAGAGCAGUUAAUGGAAGGAUUUCAGAACUACUUCAAGGAAGCACCGGAAGUCGGGGGGUGCAUUCACAUGGAAAUUCAGAUACAGAUGAACGUGCAGCUCUCCAUGCUGAGGAGAAGCCCACUGUACACACUUUACCUUCCCCAUAUAGCAAAAUCACUCCUCCACGAAAGCCACAUCGCUGUAGUAGUGGCCAUGGUAGUGACAACAGCAGUGUACUCAGUGGUGAGUUACCACCUGCAAUGGGCAAAACUGCACUUUUUUAUCACAGUGGUGGCAGUAGUGGUUAUGAAAGCAUGAUAAGAGACAGUGAAGCCACAGGAAGUGGUUCUUCUGCCCAAGACUCUAUGAGUGAAAACAGUAGCUCCGUCAGCGGGAGGUGUCGAAGUCUUAAAUCAUCAAAAAAGCGAACAAAUUCAGGAUCACAAAGGCGCAGGCUCAUUCCAGCUUUAUCACUCGAUGCAACCUCUCCUGUAAGAAAACCAGCCAACAGUCCAGGAGUACGCUGGGUGGAUGGGCCAUUACGUAAUGGACAGCGAGGCCUAGGAGAGCCAUUUGAAAUAAAAGUUUAUGAAAUAGAUGAUGUGGAGAGGCUCCAACGUCGCCGAAGUGAGGACUGCAAGACAGUAUCACGGUUUAGUUCAAAACUGAAGAUCCUUGAACAUCGCCAGCAGAGAAUUGCAGAGGUCAAAGCUAAAUAUGAAUGGCUUAUGAAGGAAUUAGAAAUCACCAAGCAGUACUUGAUGCUGGAUCCAAAUAAAUGGCUCAGUGAAUUUGACUUGGAACAAACCUAUGAGGUGGACUCCUUGGAAUAUUUGGAAGCACUGGAGUGUGUGACAGAGCGUUUAGAAAACAGAGUAAACUUCUGCAAGGCUCACCUUAUGAUGAUAACCUGCUUUGAUAUCACUUCAAGGCGUCGGUAAUCAUGGAAUAUUGAGAAGAAGCUAGUGACCAUGAAACAGACUUACUCCCCCUUGAGUAGUUCAUUUCACCCUCCUAACAACAUCCAAAGACUUUGGAAUGAAGACAGACAGUGGACAAUGUAAUGUCAGAUCGCGACAGAGAAUGUGAAAAAAAAGGGCAGAGAAGAUGUUGUCAAUUAGAAUGAACACAUUUGCAAAUAAUGUUUUGAAAUUUUAAAAUAUAAAAACGACAAAGGUCAGCAGCAAACUGAAGAGAGCACUUUGAGAAACUUAAAGGUUAAUUUUUUUGUAUAUAGAGACUGGUAACAGAAUUGAACUUUAUGAGCAUCGGGGGACUAGGAAAGAGGGACUAAAUGCUUACGAAGUACUGUACGACAGAGAAGAGUCCACAGUGAGACUGAAUAAGUGCCUUUAAAACUUUACUAUCAAAACCUGUAUGUUCAUAUUUUCUUGUGUACAGAUGGUGCUAGUCGCAGAAAAGAAAAAAGUCAACAAAAAAACAACACUUUUUUUUUAAUGUAUUUGCAGCUUGUUUUCCCAUUGUGUAUUAUCUUAACUCUGACUUGCUGUUUUAAGUACUUGUGUUUGUUGCAAUGUUUUAUAAUCAGUACAGCUUAUGACUAUGCGUGAUCUGUCUGUUAUCAGUGUGUGAACACUUUAAGGAUUCACAUGGUCAGUACCUUUUAAAAGGUUUUUUUGUGACAGUUACUGAAGAUAAACAGCUUGUGUAUGCAUGUUUAGGUUUACAGUAUUAAAUGUACAAUGGGCACAGCUCCAUACAGUA